AUGGGCAAAUGCGAUGGAGAAUUUCCCUCAGAAGAAGUACAUAGACCACCUGUCCCACCAGUUUCCUUCCACGAAAUCUCCCAUUUGUGGUGGCUGAGCGCUCCUUCUCGAAUCUUACCCCAUCACGAAAUGUUCACCGCCAGAUUCAAACGAAAAACAAUCAGCUUCCCCAUCAUCAAAGCACCUCGAUUCAAUUUCCCACGCUGGAGCAGUUUAUUUUUGGCCGUGUCAACGGGUUCCAUAGACUCCGAUUGCCUUCCGGAGGUUGCUGCAAUUUUAACCGCAAAGUUAUUCAUUCCGGAGCUAUCUGAGAGCUCGUUUACGAAAAGCCUCUCGGCCGGGGUGGGCGAGCAGUACAAGUAUGCGCAGGGCUGCUCUUACAAGUGUUUAGGAUGGAAUUGCUUCGUUUCAUGGCUGUGGUCUAGUUCACGCAAGAAGCACACCAUUGGUCUGAGGAAUAGCGAGACUCAUGUUCAGGGGCCCAUUCCAGGCACAGUGGCGUGA